AUGGGAACCCUCUCAGCUUCCACCGUCGAAACCCUCCAGCAGAAGAUCGAUGCUGCUUGCGCUGACCAGGAGAAAGGCAUCCCAGGGACAACUAUUGUUAUAGUAGGCAAAGAUGGGAAGGAAAAGUUUGCAUACUCAGCAGGAAAGCGCGGGUAUGGAAGUUCCGAGCCCAUGACGCUUGACAACAUCUUCUGGAUCGCAUCCUGUACGAAGAUGGUUGUGGGGAUUGCCUGUAUGCAGCUAGUAGAGCAAGGGCUGCUCUCUCUGGACGACUCAAACCAGGUUGAAACACUUUGCCCGGAGCUCAAAGACCUCAAAGUGUUGCAGGAUGAUGGCACACUGGUCCCCAAGAAAAGAGGAAUCACCUUGAGAAUGCUCUUGUCUCAUACCGCUGGGUUUGGAUAUACGUUCUUCAAUAAGAAACUCCGAGAUUACAGCAAGCCAAUCGGCUAUGACGAGUUUUCCGGUCACAUCUAUGACAUACUGCAGCCUCUGGUAAACCAGCCGGGUGAGGGCUGGGAGUACGGUGUCAGCAUCGAUUGGGCAGGUAUAUGCCUCGAGCGUGUUACCGGUCAAACCUUGAACGAUUACUUGCACAAGCAUAUAUUCGAGCCCCUCGGCCUCAAGAAUAUAUCCAUGUUCCCCACAAAGUCGAUGAAGGAAAAGUUGGCAUAUAUGAACAGCCGCGCCCCUGAUGGCCAGCUGUCGCCCCGCGAUCACCCUCUGCGCAGACCUUUGAUUGUCGAAGGAGCGGAAGAGAUCAAGAACUGCCUGAAUAGCGGAGGAGCUGGUUGCUUUGCCAAACCGCAGGAAUACUGCCAAAUCAUUGCUGUGUUGCUCAACGAUGGUACUUCCCCGACCACGGGUGCGAAACUGCUUCGAAAGGAGACCGUAGAUGAGAUGUUCCGCAAUCAAAUUCCAGAGUUCCCCCAUUUCGGAACUCAAGGCAUUCCAGAUUCCAAGCCCGAUCUCACCAACCCGAUUCCAGACCUCUAUCCACUUCCUCCGACCGGCGGACAAGGUUGGGGAUUGACCUUCAUGCUGACCGGAGGAGCUACCGGUCGAUCGACAGGCACCGGCCAUUGGGCUGGCCUGCCCAAUCUUUGGUGGUGGUGUGACAGAGAGAAGGGGGUCGGUGGCAUGGUGUGCGCGCAAAUAUUGCCAUUCGUGGAUGCGCAGGUCACGGGCCUGUGGGUUGAUAUUGAGACCGAAGUAUACAAAGCUUUGGCCAGCUAA